UUUCUUGUGUAUUUUCUUUUCCGUUCUCCGUGUUUGAGCCUGUUCUCCAUGAUUCUGUGGUUAAUAUUGAUGGGGUUGUCUUGCUUUCAUCGUAAUCUAAGUGGAAUAUGCUGUCGUUUUCAAAACAAAGAGAGAACACCAUCUUUUUCUAUUUAUUACUAAGCUCUUAGUUCUGGCUCUUCCACAGCUCUCUUGGAUGGGUUCAUUCACGAAUAUGAACACUGUUGGGAGGGACACUGAAGCUAAAUAUGAAUGCUUGCUUUUUGACAUGGAUGGUACUUUAUACCCUUUGAGUCUAGGUGUUAACUUAGCAUGCCGCAAGAAUAUUGAAGAAUUCAUGUUGCAAUAUCUUAAUAUUGAAGAAAGUGAAGUAUCAAGAAUGUGCUUGGAAUUAUACAGGGAAUAUGGAACAACAAUGGCUGGUUUAAAGGCUCUUGGCUACAAAUUCGACGACGACGAGUUUCAUGCGUACGUUCAUGGAAGAUUGCCAUAUGAAAAACUUAGGCCUGACCCUGUGUUAAGAAACCUGCUAUCAUCCCUGCCACAGCGGAAAAUCAUUUUCACCAAUGCUGAUAAGGCGCAUGCACAACAAGUUCUGAAAAGGUUGGGUUUAGAAGAUUGUUUUGAAGGCAUCAUAUGCUUUGAAACUCUUAACCCUCCCCUUGAACCAGCUGAUAUAACUGAUGCCUGUAGCGUCUGUUCCAAGCCACCAAUUCUCUGUAAACCCUCACUGGAUGCUUUUAAAGCCGCUAUUCAUAUUGCAAAUGUCGACCCGAAGAAAACAAUUUUCUUUGAUGAUAGUGCUCGUAACAUUGCAAGUGGAAAAGAGGCUGGGCUUCACACGGUUAUUGUUGGGAGCUCCAUCCUUGUGCCCGGUGCAGAUUACGCCUUGAGUAGCAUCCAUAAUAUCAAAGAAGCGAUACCGGAGAUAUGGGACGGCGAAGAGGAGCAGAUGGAGCAAGUUAUCCAAUCUUCUGCAAUUGAAACCGUGGUCCUAGCAUAGAUUUCACUUCAAAGUUGAAUCUGUCCUUGUUAUAUAAUCUACAUGGGGAAAUGUUUCUAUUAAGCUUAUAAUAUGGACUACAAAUUAACUAUAUCCACAUGUACUUACAAUAUAAGAAAUGCUUAUGUUAUGUAUCUUUAAGAUUCA